ACCUUGCAUCGCAUGUAGUACGGAGUUCGCUUGUUGGCCAUCGCCGAGAUCGUUUGCUUGACUAGAACAUACUUUCGCUCUAGGAUUAGCGAUCGUUUUGAUUGCAGAACGUCUGAAUCUAUGUUGCAAGGAUGACCCAGCGGCUUUCAAUGAGAUGCGUGUUGCUCAUUGCGGUCAUCGCGGCCAUGCUGCAAUCGGGCACCAACGGUGCACGGAUACUCUCCGUCAACGUGUUCCCCGGGCGGAGCCACUGGCAGAUGAUCAGCGCCAUCCUUGAGGAGCUGCUCGCUCGAGGCCACGAGGUGACCGUCAUAACAAACUAUGCCCGUAAGACGCCACAUCCCAACUACACGGAAAUAGUGAUCUCGCCGAUCUACGACUUCUGGGGAAAAUCGGUGAAGGUGGACUCGUUGUACGAUCUAACCGAGAUCUCCAUCCACUCGAUGCUGAUGAACUUCCUGUAUCCGCUCGGUCUCGAGACGGCCGAGUACGCGUUUACGCGCGAUAAUGUGAUGCACUUCCUACGCCAUGAUAAUACCAAGUUUGAUCUGCUGUUGGCGGAGCAAUUUUACCAAGAAUCCUACUUGAUGUUAGCCCACAAGUACAAGGUCCCCAUAGUAAGCAUCGGUACCUUCGGCUUCGGUCAUUACAUGGGCCCACUGAUGGGGCAGAUGAAUGUUUGGUCACACGUUCCACACGAAUUUCUGCCCUUCACCGAUCGGAUGUCGUUCACACAACGAGCCUACAAUUCGCUUGUAAGCUUUUAUGAGUCCAUAUUGCGCCACUGGUAUUAUAUGCCGCGCCAGGAAGCGAUGGCGGCCAAAUAUUUCUCCUUCCUGCCUGGUCCUUUACCACUUGUGGCCGAUCUGGAGCGGCAGGUAUCGGUUAUCCUACUAAACAGCUACACCCCAUUGACGACAACUCGUGCACGGGUUCCGGGUUUGGUACCGGUCGGUGGACUCCACAUUAAGGAACCGAAACGUCUGCCAGCUGACUUGCAGACGUUUAUCGAUGAAGCUGAGCACGGUGUCAUCUACUUCAGUCUCGGGACAAAUCUACGAUCGGCCGAUCUGCCACCGGAGAAGCUGGCCAUUAUACUGCGCGUGUUUGGAUCGAUGAAGCAGCGCGUCGUAUGGAAGUUCGAAGAUGAACGAAUCGAGAACCUACCUGCGAAUGUGCUGGUCCGUAGCUGGCUUCCUCAGAGUGACAUCCUGGGGCAUCGUAAUGUGAAAGUGUUCAUAACGCACGGUGGACUGCUUGGGACACAGGAAGGUGUUCAUCGGGCCGUACCGAUGGUCGGUAUUCCAAUUUACUGCGAUCAGCAUCUGAACAUGAACAAGGCAACACUUGGUGGGUACGCGGUCAAGCUAUACUUUCCCAACAUAACGGAUACGUCGCUCCGCGGUGCACUCGAGGAGGUGCUAUACAAUCCCAGUUACAAGGAAAACGUUCAGCGAGUGUCGCAAAUUUUCCGUGAUCGGCCGGUUCCAGCACUACAGGAAGCAAUCUACUGGAUUGAGUAUGUUGAAAGGUAUAAGGGCGCCCCUCAGCUACGAUCCGCAGGACUAGACCUUCCUUGGGUAAGCUUUGCUUUGUUGGAUGUUGUUGGAGUAAUAGUGAUUGGCUUGGCGCUAAUUUUACUGGCACUUCGUAAACUACUGUUGGCUUUCGUCGGAGAUAAAAAGAGGGUUAAACGGAAGGGUGAGUAGGAGGAUUCGCGCCCCUAACGAUUGUAAACUAGUGAUUACACGAGCAAUAAACUGGAUGUGUUUCAUGCGUUUCAUUUAUG